CCUGGCACUGGAGGGAGUGGAGCAGCUUGGGCAGCAAGCGAGAUGCAGCACCAAGGUUUCUUCCUUCUCGCCCUCCCCACCCUGCUGGCACUCACUUCCACAGUGGCCAAAAAGAGAGACAAGGUGAAGAAGGACUGCCCGGGCAGUGAGUGCACAGAGUGGACGUGGGGGCCCUGUACCCCCAGCAGCAAGGACUGUGGCGUGAGUUUCUGUGAGGGUACCUGUAGGGCCCAGAUCCAGCACAUCCGGUGUAGGGUACCCUGCAACUGGAAGAAGGAGUUUGGAGUCAAGUACAAGUACAAGUUCGAGAACUGGGGAGCAUGUGAUGGGGGCACAGGCACCAAGGUGCCAGGACACCUCAAGAGAGCAUGGUACAACACCCAGUGCCAGGAGACCAUCCAUGGGACCAAACUCUGCACCCCCAAGACCAAAGCUACAGCCAAAGCCAAGAAAGGGAAAGGAAAGAACUAG